UCUCUUCUUCUUCCCCAUUGCAAAUCCCCAUGCAAAACAAACAACUCUUCAUUCAAAAAAAUGGCGACUUCAUUGAAUUGUUCAUCAUACAAGAAAUACGAAAUUCGAAAGAGAAACCCAGAUCCCAAAACUUGUGCUUUAUUAGUAAUCGACAUGCAAAACUAUUUCUCCUCUAUGGCCAAACCCAUUCUCGACAACGUUCUCACCACCAUCCACCUCUGCCGACGCGCCUCCAUCCCCGUCUUCUUCACCCGCCACUGCCAUAAGUCUCCCGCCGACUACGCCAUGCUCGGCGAGUGGUGGAACAACGACCUUAUUUACGACGGCACCGUUGAGGCCCAGCUCAUGCCCCAGAUCGGACGGCUGGCGGGUGUUGACGAGGUGAUUGAAAAGAAUACGUACAGCGCGCUUGCUAACACGCGCUUGCAUGAGCGGCUGGUGGAGAUGGGGGUGCAGGAGGUUAUAGUUAGUGGAGUUAUGACUAAUUUGUGUUGUGAAACGACGGCGCGUGAGGCGUUUGUGAGAGGAUAUAGGGUGUUUUUUUCUACGGAUGCGACUGCCACGUCGGAUCCGGAGCUUCACGAGGCCACGUUGAAGAACUUGGCAUAUGGAUUUGCUUACUUGGUUGACUGCAAAAGGCUUCAAGCGGGGCUUUUUGGGAAUUAAGAAAUGUUUUUAUGUUUGUUGAGUUUGUGUUUGUGUUUUUAAAUGUUAA